GGGCCGUUGUACCGAAAAGGUCCUGCUCUCUUUGACGCGUACCUACUUGGCAGUUAUAUUACUAGACUAGAGUGAAGGCCACAAUUGUCUACGGAUCCCGUUUCAUCACCAAAAGAACUCAAAUUCCCUUCUUCACAGUGUUGGAAAACAGGUUUCUAAUCAGGUCAGAGCGGGGAACUUUCUUCCAAACUCAUAAGAUGGGGAAUAUCUGUCGAAUAUUCCAAUGCCUCUUCUUUAUCGCCGGAUGUUUGUCAGAGGCUCUGGCGUCAACGGUCUCCUACGAAACUUCAUCGGAUAGUGCCAUCACCCUGCUGGCAUCUCUGAUAUGCGAUAAAAGACCUAACUUACCAAACUGUUUGGAACUGAAGGAAACUCUUCAAAGGUCAUCAGCAGCUGAAAACGUUGACAUCAUCAGACAAAAUUCGUCUGUUAGACUCGUCCAGGACUAUAUUGCUGAAACGGAGGAAGAAACCCAAAGGCUGCGACACAAAGAAAUGGACCAAGGAACCAAGAUAGCUUAUUUGGAAGGGAAUAACAGACAACUUCAGAACAAAGUGCAGGCGCUUGAGAUGGAGAUGCUUGCCACUCAUAGGAAAUAUCCAAGAAUUUUCAAAAGCCUCGCUGUUCAGUCAGAUACAUCUCCCGAAGGGAAUGGCUAUCAACCAACUGCUAAACUUCUGAGGCCCGUGGAUUGUGCAGACUAUCUAAUUGUAGGAGCUCAUAAGAGUGGCAUAUAUGAUAUCUACCCUUUCAAGUGCCGAUGCAGUGAACCUGUGAAGGUAUGGUGUGACAUGGAGACGGAUGGUGGAGGCUGGACAGUCAUUCUAAACCGAAGGCACUCCAGCAACCCAGUUAAUUUUACUCAGUCCUGGAAUGGUUACAAGAAAGGUUUCGGAAAUGCAUCCUCCGAAUACUGGAUCGGAAAUGACGUCUUAAACAUCAUGACAAACACAAGAGAAUACUCACUCCGCCUUGACUUUGAACAGACAGAAGGAAGCUCAAGAUGGGCUGAGUGGCCUGUGUUCACCGUAGCAAAUGAAGCCAACAGGUAUAAGCUAGAUAUUCCUGGAUUUCAAGCCUUCAGUAUGACUGAUAACUGCAUGGCUCAGCAUCAUGGCAAAUAUUUUUCAACAUUUGAUUUCGACAACGAUGGGAACUCCAGAAACUGUGCCGAAACCAAAAUGAGUGGAUUUUGGUACCAUAACUGCGCUACUUUGGACCCUACUAUCCCUUUCAACUCAGAUGGGGUCCUAAGGACAGCUUGUACGUACAAGGUGAAUGGACAGAGUGUACAACUCGUAGGACCUGCCCUGCAGCUGAAAAUCCGGCCCAAGAUUUGUGGUGAGUUGGUGAAGGCUGUGCACUUCAACACGCACACAUGUGAAGGACACAAUGCAUAAGGCUAUUUUCAGAUGCUCAGAUGUAUCACAACAAAGAUAUUAGAAGUCAGUACAUCAAAAGAUACUGUGUAACAGAAGACAGAAGUAUUAAUAAAAAAAUUCCUUUGGCAAAGAAUGUGAGAUGUUUCAGCCCUUAGAAAUCUGUACUGAAAAUGUUAUCUAGCCCUAUCUGUUGCACCCUUUGGAACUUCAAUCAUAAUGCGAUUGAAAAUGCAAUGCUGAACAUAUAAUUUGAUUCUAACAAGAGCACAAGGCAGAAAAUUGUCAUAUUCCCUGCUUCAUGGCAGAUUUAACAUGUUGAAAUAUAUUUCAUGUGCCUAAAAGACUGUACAACACAGUGAAAUAUGAAUUUACAGUUAUUAUACGACAUUGCAUCUUUCUGGUAUAGCGUAAUUGCAACAUAUUGAUAUACCUUGAGAGUAGAGGAAAAUUACAGGUACUAUUUAAUUGUUACAGCUUAGUCUAGAUAGGAACAAAAAAUAAUUUUUAGAUUAUGCUACAUAGGUUUUAACUAAAUACAUGAUAACAAUUUCAAUUA